GGCAACUGCACUAACAAAAGCCGCCAAAGUGCCGACAACUCACCGAACGUUGACUCUGAUACUGACGUCGACAGCGGUCGGGAAAGUGACGCAGAUCGACCAACCACGAGUUCUACCGCGAAGACGAAAAAGAAAAAACGGCGCAUCACAUUUUCACCGAUUGAAAUUUUUGAGCUGGAGAAAGUGUUUGCUGAGCGACCUUACCUGAUGCCAGAAGAUGAAGACGAACUAGCACAGAAACUUGGACUCUCAACCAGGAAUAUUCGGGUAAGAAUUAUUUAAUUUUUUGUGACCAUUUUUUCCGCUUUCGGUCUUUUCAAAAAAUUGUGGUGAAAAAUAAUGGAGAAAGUAGGGUCAGCACAUUAAAAUGAUAAAUUUGUAAGGUCUUGUAAUAAUUUCAAAUUUCGGGAGAGUGCGUUUGACAGGGAGGGGGGGGUUAAGGCACGAGGGAGUGACAGGUUGAAGAAGAAGUGGCAAGAAUGAUCCUUCAUAUUCUCUUGAUAUUUUACGUCCGUUUUUGAGCGGCAAAUUACAAUCAAAACUCCUUUUAGAAAAUAAAUGAUAUUGCUGAAGCUGGUGAAGAUCGACUGAAAAUGAUAAACAACUUACUUGCGCUAUCUUUCAUUGUAAACAUGUUUUUUAGUCUGGAAAUUGUAGUUUUCUGAUUAUGCUCAUUCGAUAACAAAAGUUUGUCAUUGUUUUGGCAAUCUAGUAGCGCGGUUGCGCUAUAAUAUGUGUUCCAUUUGGCAGUCAAAGAACCGUGUUUUAUUUUAGUUAUUUAUUAUUACUUCACAAUUCUGCGUUAGAAAAUUCAACAGGCAAAGAUUAUUCGAUUACGUUAUAGUAAGAUUUCUGCAGUAUGUAGGAAUUCAUUGGCUGUUGUCUAUUGCCUUUGGAACGGAAAAUCAUGAUCGGUUUUUUAUGUCAGUCUUUUUUGUUGGGUCACGUUUGAGCUGGUCCCUUGAUACUUGACUAACAUAAGUACGAUAUCGUUAAUCGUUUUUCUUCUUUUUUAUUUUUCAGUUUUGGUUCCAGAAUCGCCGCGCUAAACUAAGACGGCAGGAAAGGUGUUCACCCGCUUUACCACAGACCAGUUUCCCAAACCAGUUUGACCAGUACCAACCAGCCUCAAUCCAUCAGCCCCAGCUUAGUUAUCCUGUGCACGCUCGAUUUCAAACACGACCGUUGUCUCCUCGUUACUCUGGAUAUUCACCAGACUAUCAGCAGUCAUACAGAUCAGAGUACGCCACCUUUCCUUGUUAUCCAGUAAGGCCAAACCGCUUUCCAAUGAUGGACAUGCACUCACAAGCAACCCAAGACUUCCGAAGGUACCUGUCAAACCAGUAUGCCGAGCCUUCACCAUUCUUGCCAACAUUACCCAGUUUAUACCCCACCCAGGUGAAAACUGCUGGACACCUGGUGUCACGUGAUUGCAAG